UCACACUCAGAUGCUUGCUUAUGAAAGGGGUCACCAGUACAAAAUUUUGAGAACCUCUGCAAUAGAGGGGCCGCAAAUUAUAUAUAGUCUGAACAGCCGUGCAGUGAUGAAUGCAUGUGCAUAGGCAUUAGUGAAGGGAAAUCAGUUUAGGGGUGAUAUAUGUGUUUGGUGUCUGACUCUCAGAAAGAUAUUGUAGCGAUUGAGUGGAUAUGCUGGGAUCUAAAAUCUUGCCAUCAAGAACAUGGGCUUUAUUGGACGGCUUACGGCAAUGGAAACCUGCAUAUUCACCACAUAUACAGAUUUGCUUAUUGCAGCAGCAGUUUAAGAGCUGGCAGAGGAUUCUUUCCACAAGCGGUGCAAAGUGUGCAAAAAAUCAACGUCUGAAACAAAAAAGAGCAAUAUCAGAAAAGAAGCUGACCCGAUAUUUUGUAGAUCAUCGAAGAGUGUGUGUGACUGGAGGCCGUGGAGGACAGGGUAUUAACUCUUUCUACAGUGAGCCUAGAAAAGAGUUUGGAGGUCCUGAUGGUGGAAAUGGAGGAGAUGGGGGCCAUGUUAUUUUGAAAGCUGACCAGCAAAUCAAAUCACUGGCUUCAGUCCUCUCAUUAUAUCGAGGUUUUGAUGGAGAAAGAGGGAGAAGCAAAAACUGUUACGGAGCCACUGGUGGAUACACAUAUAUUAAAGUUCCUGUAGGCACUGUAGUUAAGGCGGAUGGGAAAAUUGUGGCUGAUCUUGCUCAGCAUGGCGAAGAAUAUGUUGCCGCUUAUGGAGGAACUGGAGGGAAGGGUAACCGGUUCUUUCUGUCCAAUGAGAAUCGAGCACCAAUGACAGCUACUCUAGGAGAAUCCGGUCAGGAAAGAGUCCUCCAUCUGGAGCUCAAGACUAUGGCACAUGCAGGGCUGGUGGGAUUCCCCAAUGCUGGGAAGUCAUCGCUUUUGCGAGCAAUCUCCAAUGCAAAGCCUACAGUGGCUCCCUACCCAUUCACAACCUUAAAUCCACAUGUAGGCAUUGUUCACUACCAGGACUAUGAACAAGUGGCAGUUGCUGAUGUUCCUGGUAUAAUAAGAGGAGCUCAUCUAAACAGGGGCCUUGGAUUGGCCUUUCUGAGGCACAUAGAACACUGCUGCUUUCUCUUAUUUGUGGUCGAUCUGUCUGUGUCUGAGCCAUGGAUUCAGCUCCAAGACUUAAAAUAUGAACUGGAGCAGUAUGAAGAAGGGUUGUCGAAGAGACCUCAUGCUGUAAUUGGGAAUAAGAUUGAUCUUCCUCAGUCGAAGGCUAACUUAUUACUUCUUAAGGAGCGAGUGGAGCAGAGAGUCAUCCCGCUAUCUGCAUUGACAGGAGACAAUCUGGAGGCAUUAUUGUUGCACCUAAGAGAUUUGUAUGAUGCUUAUGUAAGUACUGAACAAUCACAUAGACAAAACCCAGUCAAAUGGUAGGAACUAGAGCUCCCGUGAGCCCUAGGCUGAAUGGAGGAGGAAAACAUCAUCGUUUAUCACAGGAUGUUCAACCUGUGGAACUCUCUGCCAGAGGAUGUUGUGAAGGCCAAGACUAUAACAGGGUUCAAAAAUAAC